AUGGACCAGAGUGAGCACUGUCCUCUCACCACCAGAAGGGCGGCGUCACUGAGCUCCAUUGGUCGAUGGAUUAACUUUAAAAAGGAGGAGGAUCAUGGGAUCCUCCACAAACUUCAGUCUGGACCUGGUCCCAGAUGUGAGUCCCUCGGGAGUGACCGGUCUAAGGAUCAACGAUGGGACUUCAGGAGUGACCGGUCUAUGGGAGAACCACUGAAGUUCAGGACAGAAGCGGCUGCAGAUGUCUCCACUGGUCCGCACCAUGGCUCUCAUCUGGUCUCCAUAUUUAAGCACCUGGAGAAGGACCUCUCCACUUUUUUCCUGGAGGAGCUGAAGAAGUUCCUCAGGCUUCUGAGCACAGAUUACCCAGAAUGCUUAGAGCCUGUGGAGGAUGAGGAGCAGAGGAGCAGCAGUGAGGCGCUCCUGAAGAUCACACUGAACUUCCUGAGGAGGAUGGAUCAGAAGGAGCUGGCUGAGCGUCUGUGGAGCAGGGUUUCUUCUGGACGUUCUCAGCAUAAACUGAAGGUGGAUCUGCAGCAGAGGUUUGAGUGUGUGUUUGAGGGCAUUGCUAAAGCAGGAGCCCCCACCCUCCUGAAGCAGAUCUACACCGAGCUCUACAUCACAGAGGGAGGCUCUUCAGAGGUCAACCAGGAACAUGAGUGGUCAGCUCUGGCCUUCAUCUUACUGUCAUCAGAAGAAGAUCUGGACCAGUUUGAGCUGAGCAGAUACUGUGCUUCAGAGAAGGCUCUCCUGAGGCUGCUGCCAGUGGUCAAGGCCUCCACCAAAGCUCUACUGAGCCGCUGUGAGCUGUCAGACAGAAGCUGUGGAGCUCUGGCCUCAGUCCUCAGCUCCCAGUCCUCUAGUCUGAGAGUCCUGGACCUGAGUCACAACGACUUGAAGGACUCAGGGCUGAAGCUGUUGUCUGAUGGACUGAAGAGUCCUCACUGUAAACUGGAGAUGCUCAGUCUGUCAGGUUGUUUGGUGUCAGAGGAAGGCUGUGCUUCUCUGGCCUCAGCUCUGAGGUCCAACCCCUCCCAUCUGAGAGAACUGGACCUGAGCUACAACCAUCCAGGAGACACAGGAGUAAAGCUGCUGUCUGCUCUGCUGGAGGACCCCCACUGCACCCUGCACACUCUCAGACUGGAGCAUUCUGGAGCUCAGAGGUUAACUCCAGGACUCAGAAAGUUCGAAGCAGUGAAGAAAAUGUGGCGGAACCUGCGAGAUACCUACGUCCGCAACAAAAGAGAUGGACAGGGCAGGAGUGGACAAGCUGCCAUUAAGAAGAAGAAGUGGAAGUAUAUGGACGUAAUGGCUUUCCUUCAAUCUUCCACAACAAAGAGAAGGUCAGAUAGUAAUAUUGAGAUGGAGGAAGAGGAGGAGGAAGAAAUUGAGGGAGAGGUCAGCACUGAAAUAGUGAGGGCCAGCGAUGAAGAGGGAGUUCCAGAGAUGGAGAACAGCUCAGGCUCAGCUUCUUCCAGUAGCAGCGGUGCCAAGCGCAAGAAGAGAGUAGAUAGUGAAGACAGCAUUGGGAGAUGCCCGGUUUCCCCUUGGCCUCUGGAGGUCCAGCAGACAGGGGUUGUUGUUCCCUGCAGCAGCAGAGUUGUCUUCCUCACUGCCGCCCUGAUGCUCCUCCUGGAGGGCUUGGUCCAAUGCUCCGUGGCGCAGUCCUGGUCCUCCUCCUCUGGGACAGUGGGAGUCUUUGUGGACUGUCCUGCUGGGUCUCUGUCCUUCUACACAGUCUCCUCUGAGGGACUGAUCCACCUCCACACCUUCAGCUCCACCUUCUCUCAGUCUCUGGUCCCUGGGUUUAGGCUCCUGGAUGAAGGCUCCUCAGUGUCUCUGUGUCCUGGGUCUGAGUGA